AAAAGUUUCGGGAUGAGAAUUAGUUAUUGGAUUUUUAGGGUUUUGAAUCACUGGGUUGACUUUAAUAUUCUGUUUCCAACUGAGAUUUGUUAUACCAAUUUCUCAUUCUCAGUAGUUUCGUUUUCUUUUCGUGAUCAAGUAGUGGUUUCUACAUACACUUUGGGGGUGUUUCUGUACAUAAAUCGAGUAGUCUUCCUUUUAUGUGAAAGCUGAAUGGUUCUCCAUAUUAGUGUUAUUAGUCUCGUCGUUCCAGUUAAAUCAUUAGUAUGUGCUUUGGUAAUAUUUGGGAUUUCUGAGUUAUUCUAUCUUUUUACUUUUGUCAACGAUGUAGAUAUUGAGGCUGAAAUCCGCGCAUUACAGCUUGAUUCCGCAGAAGAAAACAAUGGAGUUGGAGUUGUCGUUCCGGCAGGUCAGAACACAGAUGGAGUUGAGAUAUUGGAUAAUAAAAUGGAAGAAGACCUGAAAGAUGAGGUUCGAGAAUCAACACCAAUCCCUGAUGCGCAACAAGCUUCUGAGGAUCAUGAACAGAAAAUGCUCCAUCCAGUGCAUAACCCAGCGAAAGCCAGAGAGAAGGCAGCCCAAGGAAAGGCUGCCAAAGAGGAAGCGGAAGAAGUUGCAGAGGCAAACAAAAAGAGACACUUAAAUGUGGUGUUCAUUGGACAUGUUGAUGCUGGAAAGUCUACUAUCGGAGGACAAAUUCUCUUCCUUAGCGGUCAGGUGGACGACCGACAAAUCCAAAAGUAUGAAAAGGAAGCAAAAGAAAAAAGUAGAGAAAGCUGGUAUAUGGCAUAUAUAAUGGAUACAAAUGAAGAAGAGAGGGCCAAGGGUAAAACAGUUGAAGUUGGAAGGGCUCAUUUUGAAACUGAGACCACCAGAUUUACAAUUCUGGAUGCCCCGGGCCACAAGAGUUAUGUACCAAAUAUGAUUAGUGGAGCAUCUCAAGCGGACAUUGGUGUACUGGUGAUAUCCGCUCGUAAAGGUGAAUUUGAAACAGGAUAUGAGAGGGGUGGGCAGACACGUGAGCAUGUUCAACUUGCAAAAACAUUGGGAGUGUCAAAGCUAGUGGUUGUUGUGAACAAGAUGGAUGAUCCAACUGUUAACUGGUCGAAAGAGAGAUACGAUGAAAUAGAACAAAACAUGGUACCGUUUCUUAAAACCUCUGGCUACAACAAAAAGAAAGAUGUUAUCUUCCUGCCUAUAUCUGGUUUAAUGGGGGUUAAUAUAGACAAGAAUAUGGAUCGAGACGUUUGUCCUUGGUUUAGUGGCCCUAGCUUUUUUGAAGUCCUCAAUGCUAUUGAAGUUCCGCCACGGGAUCCUAAUGGUCCAUUCAGGAUGCCCAUUAUUGAUAAAUUCAAAGACAUGGGAACUGUUGUUAUGGGAAAGGUAGAAUCUGGCAGCAUCCGGGAGGGUGAUUCCUUGAUUGUUAUGCCAAAUAAGGAACACGUGAAAGUUGUUGCUAUAUAUUGCGAUGAAGAUAAAGUUAAGCGCGCUGGACAGGGUGAGAAUUUGAGAGUCCGUAUAACUGGCAUUGAAGACGAGGAUAUCCUUGCAGGUUUUGUUUUAUCCAGCACGGUAAAGCCUGUACCUGCCGUUACUGAGUUCGUUGCCCAACUACAAAUCAUUGAGCUGCCUGACAAUGCGAUUUUUACAGCUGGUUACAAGGCUAUUCUUCACAUUCAUGCAGUUGUUGAGGAAUGUGAGAUAAUUGAAUUGAUAAGCCAAAUUGACAUGAAGACGAGGAAACCCAUGAAAAAAAAAAAAAUUAUGUAUGUGAAGAAGAAUGGUGCUGUUGUCGUCUGCCGUAUACAGGUUAGCAAUUCAAUCUGUGUUGAAAAAUUCUCAGAUUUUCUGCAGCUUGGAAGAUUCACUCUACGAACUGAAGGGAAAACAAUUGCUGUUGGAAAAGUGACUGCGCUCUCAGGUGCUUCCUCAAGCGCUUGAUCCCAAUCUUGCGAGGAAAAAGGAGACAGCUUUCGAGUUGCACCAAGAGGGGGUUAAGAAAAAUGCUUCUGACGAAGGAGUCUGAGUUCCCUAAACUUAAAUCUUUGUUUCAUCUCUAUGGUGAGGUUUUAGAGUUACUGCUACAGAGAGGUGUCACCUGAGACCGUUUUCUGAAAAUUUAAAAGCUAGAAAGAGUAUUAUGAUGAACAUGAGAUGAGAGUUUUUACUUUAAAUCUAAAUUUUACAAUUAAUACUAUUGUUAUUACCCUU